AUGUUUCCAGAAGACCGCUUCCACCCGCUAAGGCCGGACGCCAACCGUCUGCAUGACGAUUUACUAACAGCAACGGAACUAGAUCAUACACCAAAAACUUCAACGGAACUUGGAUCAACGCUUGUCCUGCACCAAUUUCUGCCUGCGUGGGACGUGCAAGCUUAUCUGCGUAUUGCUGGCAUCCGGUUGCAUGUGCACAACUCAAGAUAUCCGGUAUAUGAGGCCACCGGUGAAUUGCCGCAGCUGAGUGAUGGCAACUUCUUGCUGCCAAAAGCAGAGAUCAUAAUGCACUUGCAGACGUUUCACAAAGACAUUGACGAAUAUUUGAGUGAUGCUCAGCGUAGCGAGUCGUACGCGUACCGGUUAAUGCUAUCUGAGAAGCUGCAGCGUGUAAUAUCAUAUUGCCGCUGGGUCGACUCGGCUACGUAUCGUGAAGUCACGCGACCGCACAUGAAGCGCCAGAUUCCUUUUCCGUUAAAUCUCUUUUUGCCCAAGAAACUUCAUAUGGAUACAAUGGAAAUGUUACGUAUGUAUGGCAUUUCGACUAAAGAGCAAGCUUACGUUAUUGCUCGGGACUGUUACACAGCACUUAACACAAAGUUGGAAAGCGCAGGCACACCGUUCUAUUUUGGAAACCAACCGAGUGCUUUAGAUGUCGCCGUGUUCGGUCACAUUGUUGAAGCAUUAGGAAACACGCAGCUGAUGGCGGCUGUACAUCAACAUGCUCCACUGCUCAUCGCACUUGCAGAGCGCAUUCGUGACGCGUACUUUUGUGCUCCUAGUGACCAACCAACGAGUCUUAGAGAAGAGGUGUUGUACUCGGAGAACCAGCCCAAUUACUUUUGUACUACAAUGCUGGAUAGUGCUUUUAUGAAAAAGAUAUCACCGCCAUUGCAAGUGGCUUUCCUGGAGCCAUAUCGCAGUUUGGACUGGAGUCGCCGAGAAUUGGCGUUAGAGGUUUUAGAAAAGAAGAAGAACGAGAAAGAGGAGAAACAAUUGAAUGCAGACGAGGGUCACAACGAGCAAUUUACAAAGGGAUCUCUCAACGUAAUUAUCGGUGCUAUUGCAGCUCUAGUUUUGUAUGCUCUGGCUGUUCUCCCUGUGGUCGUGGAUUUAGAUGAUGAAGACUAUCACGAGGAUGAUGACGACGAGGACAAUACGAAUAAUAACGAAUAG